UGAAUUAUCAUCGCCACUGCACUACAGAUGACAGAGACGCCAUUUUGAAAAACAAAUUGUUCAUAGCACACCCGGUCAGAGAACUGGAACUAUGCCGCGGGGCCGGCCUCGCAAAUCGAGACUUAAAACCACCGACGAAACAGAUGCUAAUGAAAAUAAGGUGGAUGGUUUCAGUGAUGCCGAAUUCAAAGAGAAGAAGUGCACAAUAUGUUCACAGAUAUUUACCACGGAAAGCCAACUGCAAAAGCAUCUUCGUGAGCAUGAGAUUAAUGACAAGCCUCAUCGAUGCGACCAGUGUCCACAGACGUUUAAUGUGGAGUUCAAUCUCAAACUCCACAAGUCUACGCACACAACGUCUGACUUCACCUGUCCUGUAUGCAAUAAAAAGUUCUCCCGCAUUGCUAGUCUCAAAUCCCAUACUAUGCUCCACGAAAGGGAAGAGAAUCUGAUCUGUGCAGAAUGUGGAGAUGAGUUUGUUCUUCAGAGUCAGCUCUCUCUUCAUUUGGAGGACCACCGCAAGGAGUUGUCCGGUGUCAAGGUCUACACCUGCAAGACCUGCAGGAAGGAGCUCAAGACAUCGGCACACCUCAAGGAGCACAUGAAGUGUCACAUCAGAAUGAGGCCGUUAUCCUCUAGCUCCAGAAAUUACAAAAAAAAUAUUGAUCGCAGUGGGUUCACCAACAGCUGCCAUCAUUGUGGAAAGGCAUUCAAAAAGCCCAGCCAACUUGUCAGACAUAUACGGAUACACACAGGUGAAAGGCCCUUUAAAUGCACACAUUGCAGCAAGGCUUUUAAUCAGAAGGUGGUGCUGCAAACUCACAUGGUGAGACAUACUGGGGAAAAGCCUCACCUCUGCAUCUUUUGUCCGGCUUCCUUCUCUCAAAAGGGGAACCUGCACUCUCAUGUCCAAAGAGUUCAUUCAGAGGCAAAAGGUGUGCCAUUGUUCCCCUGUAUGGACUGCAGCUGUGUAUUUAAGAAGUUGGGCAGUUUGAAUGCACACAUCGGCAAGAUGCACAUCUCUGUCAUUGAUGUGCCUUCCAGCACUUCGGAGACAGACACAGCAGGUCCUGCAGGAUCAGAUGGUGGAGAGGCAGUAACAGAUGUCAUCCAGCAGCUACUAGAACUCUCUGAGCAAGUCAAUGGGGAGACAGCUCAGCCCCAACCCCCAGAGCCAGCUGUUACCAUGGAAAGCGCCAUUAACCAAGACAUCCUACAGCAAGCUCUAGAGAACAGUGGGCUGAGUGUAGCCCCAACUCAGAAUGUUGAUGCCAAUGCCAGAGCAACUCAGAACCAGAUAUCUGAUGGCACUACUGUAGGAAUGAAAAAAACACCGUUUCUUGACAAACCUGUCAGAGAGAGAAAAAGAAGCAUUUUCAAAAAACCUGUACAAAUGCCAGGCUCCAUCAGGGAGAUAAAUGGCAUCCGCUGGCACGGAUGCCCUUACUGCUCCAAGGAAUUUAAGAAGCCCAGUGACCUUGUCCGCCACAUCCGCAUUCAUACCCAUGAGAAACCUUUCAAGUGCAAACAGUGCUUUCGAGCAUUUGCUGUCAAGAGUACCCUAACGGCCCAUAUGCAAACUCACACAGGCAUCAAGGCGUUUGAGUGUCAGUGCUGCCUUAAGUGCUUCUCUACUUCUGGCAGCAUGAAGGUACACAUGCGACUGCAUACAGGUGUCCGUCCUUUCUCCUGCCCUCACUGUGAUAAGAUCUUUCGUACAUCAGGACACAGAAAAACACAUGUAUCAUCUCACUUCAAAAGUUUACAGCAGAAGAGGCACAGAUUUCCACGAAAAACAAACAAAGCCAAGGCAUCUAAGAGUAAUUUACCAUUACCUGACAUCACACUGCAGGAACCAAUUCUCAUAACGGACUUUGGGCUCAUCCCAUCUCAGAACCCUCGGCUGGCAUUCCAACAGUACUUGGAGGUGGUGGGGAGCGAUCGUCCAUACAAGUGCCAGUUCUGCAAUAAAGCGUAUAAGAAAUCAAGUCAUCUGAAACAGCAUGUUAGAUCUCAUACAGGAGAAAGGCCAUACAAGUGUGUGCAGUGUGGUCGAGGUUUUGCAUCUUCAGGGGUCCUCAAGGCACACAUACGGACCCACUCGGGACUGAAGGCAUACAAGUGUGUCAUGUGUGAUACGACGUUCACCACCAGUGGUAGUCUACGCCGUCACAUGACAACCCAUAGUGACCUACGACCUUACAUGUGCCCCUACUGCCAGAAGACCUUCAAGUCAUCCCCAAACUGUCGGAAACACAUGAAGACACACAGAUAUGAACUGGCUCAGCAAUUGCAGCCUCAGUCAGCUGAAGAUCCCCUAGAAGCUGGAACAGUGCCCAAUGAUAUGCAAGUAGAUAUUGAGGGAAACACCCUUCAGCAACCACCGGGACGUUCAAGUGAGCAAGAAAACAUGCUGGAACUUGGCCAAGCAGAAGGUGUGAAUGGUGGCCAGGCGGUGACAUUAGAAGCACAGCUGAGAGACCAACCAUUGGUGCAAGGAGAAGAUUCCUACGUGACAACCCAACAUGCUUUGCCUCAGAAUAUCACCCAGUUUGAGACACCAACCCUCCCUCAGGCCACAUUUGACCAGCAAGCUUUAACACAAGGCUUUACCAUGACAGAAUCAAGUUACAAUCAAAGCCAGUUUUCCACUGUCCAGCAGCUACAGGAUUCCAGUACCCUGGAAUCUCAGGCCUUGUCAUCCAGCUUUCACUCUCCUAGUCUGCUUCAUGUUCCCACUACUGAAGUGACAAAUGGGCUUCUGCAGCAGAACAGUCAAGGAGAUCUACAACUGGACAGUGAGCCACAUGAUUACCAGGAGGAUGGUGAAGGCAACAGCAAGAGAGCAUACAGGUGCAGUUGGUGCAAUAAAGGCUUCAAAAAGUCAAGUCAUCUUAAACAGCAUUUGCGCUCCCACACUGGCGAAAAGCCAUUCAGAUGUCACCUCUGUGAAAGAUCUUUUGUAUCAGCUGGGGUGCUGAAAUCACAUCUGAACACACAUUCGGGAGUGAAGCCCUUCAAGUGUAAUGUUUGUGACGCCUCCUUCACAACCAAUGGGAGUCUGAACCGCCAUAUGAUUAUCCAUCUCAAGUCAUUCAAAUGCUCGAUGUGUGAUGAGAGCUUCAGGACAAGCUUGCUGUGUAAAAAGCACAUGAAAAAGGAGCAUGCUUUAGAGGAUCAAAUUGUUAGUUUGGAAGAUCAAGAUGUGGAGGAGGAUGAAGACGAAGAAGAUGAAGGGGAUCAAAAAUUAUCAAAGAAACGGGGAAUGGAAAUCAUCACUUUCACAGAGGAGCAAGCUGCAGAACUGGCAAAGGAUCCUGGUGAGGAGGCAUCCGUGUCAGAGCGAAUCCUUUCCCAGUCUGCAGCUGAGAGGGACCGCAUCAGUGAGAUCAAAGACAAGGCUGUGGUGCUGGAGACAGAACCCAAGUUUCCAAACUGCUGCAAUUUCUGCCCCAAGAGCUUCAAAAAGCCUAGUGAUCUUGUCAGGCACAUUCGAAUUCACACAGGAGAAAGACCGUACAAGUGUGAUGAAUGCGGGAAGAGUUUUACUGUCAAAUCUACUCUGGAUUGUCACGUGAAGACACACACAGGUCAGAAACUGGUCAACUGCCACAUGUGCAACACUUCCUUCUCUACAAAGGGUAGCUUAAAGGUGCACAUGCGGCUCCACACUGGCUCCAAGCCUUUCAAAUGCCCAUUCUGUGACCUUCGCUUUCGAACUUCUGGGCAUCGCAAAACCCAUAUCCAGUGCCACUUCCGGGCUAAUGGCGAGAGCCGCAAGUCAAAACGGUCUUCCUCAUCUUCUGCUCAGACCCGGCAAAUUCAAGACACAGGGCAUGAUGGGCCUUCAGGACAAGACCAGCAUACGACAGUACCAGAGGCACUUCAGACUGUGGGGCUACUCCAAAUCCCCAACUCUGAUAACAUUUACCACCCAGCAAACCAAGUGCUGACUGGGCAAUUUGACCAGAAUCUGUUACAGUCGGGCUUGGUGGGACAGGCAAUUCUGCCUUCCUCAAUGUCAGAUGUGUCCCUAUCAGAUGGCCUGACCACACUUGAAGGGAUUCACCUCCAAUUGACUCCUGCCAACUUGGUGUGCCCGAAUGUCCAGAUCUCUGGGAUCGACACGAGCAACUUAAACAACAUAACUCUUCAGAUAGACCAUGCUCUUCUCCAACAGACGCUACAGCAGGGCGGCCUUCUCUCACACCCUCUAAGUGUUGACACUGGUCUUGUCCUACAUUCUGGCAGUCAGCUCAUGUCUACUAGUGACACAUCAGUGUCAACUAAUGUUGUCCUCCAGCCCCUGAGCACCCUGGGCCUGCAACCCUCCACUAUCACCCCUGCCCAGGUCACAAUGGCAGGCCUGCCUGAGCAGGACAGCACAGGCUCUCAGGACUUGAGCCAUGUCAUGGGCAGCACUGGCUUGGUGAGUGGAGGCACAGGCAGUCAGGAGAUUACACUUACUAUCAACAAUUCGACCCUUACGCAUGCUCUAGCGCAAGUACAGGCAACAGUUUCUGGUUCCAACACCUCAUCAGGAAACCCUCAAGAGAUCAUGCUCACCAUAUCAGGGCAAGAUCUCCUCCCCCAGCACAGCAACAAUGCAGAGAUGAACAGCAGCCUCAGAAUGGCAUCACCACUUAUAGGCCAACCCACUAACGCCACCCUGACGAUCACCAAUGAGCACCUUCUACCUCAGAACCCCACCAACACUGGAAUGGCUGUUGCCACUCUUCCAUCAAGCACCUCGCUGUCACACACCACUUCAUCUCAAAGUCUAGUGUUGUCACCUGGAGGUGUGGCCAAUGAUGGUAGUGUUACACUAACCCUAGCAGAUGCCCAGGGUAUGCUGGAUGGUGUUACUCUAAAUCUCAGUACACAGGGUCAGACAUGCGCUGCAGUGAUGAAUGACUCCAAUCUACAAUCAGGGCAACCAGCCUUUGCAGCCCAGCCGAUCAUACUGGUCGGCCAUCAUUCCCAAUCUUUGAUGGGAACGUCUGAUAAUGGAUACAACAUUGGAAAUGACAGCCACAAGAGUAGGAAGGCUGACACCACUGAAGCUGAUAAUCAGCACAAAUGUUUCUACUGUAAUCUCGUUUGCCCAAAUGCCAACUCACUACGCCGUCACUGUCGACAAGUUCAUAGUAAAGACCGAUGCCACGUAUGCAGUAUCUGCAACAAAGCUUUUAAGCGAGCGAUGCACCUUAAGGAGCAUGAACGAAUUCACCAGCCAGGCCCAUCGCUGAGCUCCCUCAAACCCCGAGUCUUCAGCUGCUCCUCGUGUGGGAAGGCCUUCCCGAAGCGUAGUCAGCUGGAGAGACACAACCGCACACACACAGGCGAGCGUCCCUUCAAGUGUCCUCAAUGCGAGAAAGCCUUCAACCAGAAGAGUUCUUUGCAAGUGCACAUGGUCAAACACACAGGAAAGAAGCCCUUCAAGUGUGAGAUAUGCAGCAUCCGAUUCACUCAGAAGAGCAACAUGAGACACCACAUGAAGAGAGCCCACGGCUACGUUUUUCGUCUUCACAGGUCAAAUUCAAGAUAUAACUCAGCGCCAAGAAGGACCAACCACUCAAGUCACUGUAACCCCGGAACUUGACCUGGAAGUUGUCCCUGAGUCAUCUGGGGAUUGGCACAAUGUUUUCCCAUGAGUCAUCCCAGAUCAUACAAAUCCAAAACAGGUUUAUCCAUCCAUCCCUUUUCUUAGCUUCUUAUCCUCACAAGGAUCGCAGGGAGUGCUGGAGCCUAUCCCAGGUGUCACCGGGCAUGAGGCAGGGUACACCCUGAACUGGUUGCCAGCCAACAGCAGACCACAUGGAGACAGACAACAGUUGCACUCACAAUCACACCUAAGGGUAAUUUAAAGUUUUUGGGAUGUGGGAGGAAACCGGAGUGCAUGGGGAGAGGAUCCCAACUUCACAAAAGUGGCGCCGGGAUUGAACCCAGGUCCUCAGAACUGUGAGGCCAACGCUUUCCAGCUGCACCACUGUGCCGCCCAAAUCAGGCUUAUAUCAGAGAAAAAGAAAGCAGAUUAUAUAUUGCAUACUGCUGAGUUCGGAAAGAGAAAUAUAGCUGACUUUUGCCAAACAUCAUCUUGCCUUCAAAAUUAUUACUUUGGGGGAAAAAGAUAUUGGCCGUCUAUUUUUGGAUGCUAUUUUCUGUCACUGCUUUGAACAAUCUUGUUUAGACAUAACCAGUCGGCGAAUAUGUAGAAUCAAUCAAUCAAUCAGAGAAAAUGUUGAAUAAUAUGUCAAUAUAGUUUCACGAUAUCACAGAAUUUAAUUAUUCAUGUUUUUUUUGAGGUAAGAGGUAAAAUGUUGACUUUCCUAGAAUUUCAAUGGGUCCCCUAUGAAAGAUUAAUUUCUCAAUUUAUUUGAUUCUCUUCAGAGGUUUGUUUUGAUGACUAUGGGCAUUAAAGAGAGAGUAGAUUGUUUUUUUGAAUGGGGAAAGAGGAAAGUGGAUCUAAAAAAAAAAACCCUUGCAGACUGAGAGACUUUAUUAGUAGGACGAAUGCUGGUGUGGCAUCAAAAGCAGCUAAGCAAGAGCAAAUUUUUUUUCUCCGCAACUGUUCAUUUUAUUACUUGGUCUUAUACUGACAUUUAUAGUAAUACAUGUUUAUAGUGUACAUUGUUUGUUUUUCUGCUCCUUUUGUAAAUAGUGAAUUAGGUUUGUUUAUAGUUCUUCUGCAGGAUGUUUGUAUUUUGGGCCUACUGGGCUUAUUGUAAAGCUGACAUUUUUUUUUCAGUUGUUUUCUAUUGUCCAUAAGAAAAGAUGAUUAAAGUAAUUUUUAUAUUAUCUGACACCAUCUCCAGUUUUGACAUUAUUUAUAAAUAUCCAUCCAUCCAUUUUCUGGGCCACUUAUCCUCACAAGAGUCGCGGGAGUACUAGAGUCUUUCCCGGCUAUCUUCAGACAGGAGGCGGGCUACACCCUGAACAGGUUGCCAGCCAAUGGCAGGGCAUAUACAAACAAAGAACCCUUCGGACUCAAAUUCACAGUUAUGGGCAAUUUAGGUUCUUCAAUCAACUAACCAUGCAUGUUUUUGGGUUGUGGGAGGAAACCAUUUUGCCUGGAGAAAAUCCACGCAGGCACGGCGAGACCAUGCAAACUCCAUACAGGAGGGCCGGGGAUUUGAAUCCCAGUCCUCAGAACUGUCAGGCAGAUGCACUAAUUUAUUAUUAUUAACUAUUUAUUGGAAAUGCAAUACAGAAGAAUGUCCAUGGUUGAACACAAUCCAUUCUGUAUUCCUCACUGACUUCUAAGUUCUAAUUAAAAAAAUGAAAUCGAAUAGCAAAUACACAUAAAGUAACUUCACUUGCUUCAGGUUCAAAAUGUCACAUCACAAUACCUUUAUAUUAAAUUUGCAGGUAGUGGUGGGUAGAGUAGCCAAAUAUUGUACUUAAAUGAGAGACCUGUAACUUCUAAAUAAUGUCUCAAGUAAAAGUAAAAAGUAGUCCCUUUAACCCCAAAAUUACUUGCGUAAGAGUAAAAUUACUUAGUGGAAAAAAAACAAAACGAUUCAAGUACUAUUCAAAGGAACCUCUGACUUAUUGAAUAGAUGAGAGCAUAAACAUUAAAUGAAAUAAAGACAACUAAAAAGUGAAUGUGUAAAAUUAGAUUGUGUGUGCACGUAAGCGAAAAAAACACAAACCCCAAAAGAUGCAUGUCUUAGAUUUGUUAGGAUAAAAUGGGGCUAAUGUAUUUUCUCAAGUUAAAUGUGGGCCAAAGUAUCUGCAUUUGGGAAGACAGCUCCAGACAAAUUUUUAAAUUAUUUUCCGAUUGUGUUGAGCAGCUAGAAUUUUUUUUUUUUGUCCAUGAUUCCGCUUCUGAUUCUGUGGUUAAGAACCCCUCCAAGCUUCACAUAUAUCUUGUGGUGGCUUAAAAAAAAAGCAAGGAUGAAAAUAAUGGAUGAGAAACUUAUUUGCUGCUGUUCACCUUUUCUACAUUUUACGUUUUGCAUCGUUGCAAUUUUUUUUCAAAAUGUGUUAUAUUCAUUGACCUCUGUAGUGCUUCAUAGCCAUUUUGAGAUUCCUCUAGAGAUGUGUAAUCAGAUUCAAGUCUAUGCUUUGGGUAGGGCCAUUCAGAACAUCCACAGAAUUGUCAUGAAGCCACUUCUUUGACAUUUUGAUGGAAUCUUACAGUCCCUGUCCUGCUGAAAGAUCCACCCCCACUCCAGACUGAGGUCAAGUGGACUCUGGAGCAGGUUUGAUCCAGGAUGUCUCUGCAGAUUCAUUUUUCCCUGUCUCUUCUCCUUGAUCUAUACUCACAGCAUGAUGCUGCAUCCUCCAUGCAUCACCAUAGCGACGGUAUUGACCAGGGCAGGAGUGGUGCACUGUUUCCUCCAAGAAUGACAUCUAUAAUUCAUGCCAAAUAAUUCAAUCUUUGGCAGCACAGGGAAGCAACUGGUUAGAAUGUCUGACUCACAGGUCUGAGGGCUGGGGUUGAAAUCCCGGCCCCGCCUGUGUGAAGUUUGCAUGCUCUUCCGGUGCCUGUGUGGGCUUUCUCUGGGCACUCCGGUUUCCUCCCACAUCCCAAAAAUAUGCAUUAAAUUAGAGACUGGAAAUUGCCCCAAUGUGUGAUUGUGAGUGCAACUGUUGUAUGUUUCCAUGUGCCUGUGCUUGGCUGGCAACCAGUUAAGGGUGAUCCCUGCCUCCUGCCCAAAGAUAGCUGGAAUAGUCUCCAGCACUCCUGCGACCCUUGUGAGGAUAAGCAGCCCAGAAGAUGGAUGGAUGAACAGAUGUCCAUCUAAUCAAGUCAUCCCUUUUGUACACUUAGCAAUGAGUCCUAU